AGUGCGCCAUUUUUGAAUUCACUCAGCAGCUGCAACAGUUUUGUGGAACAGCAAAAAACAAAAGAUCAGAACGCUACCGGUACUAAAGAAGCUGAACGGUGUACGAUCUAAUUAUAAAGCAAAUUGUUGAAAAUAAACAUCAUACUAAACAGUGAAACCACAACUCAGCCGGUAGCUGAUAUUCUAACUAUUUAAAAAUUUUACAAAAUUACUUUGAUGCGUGUUGUAGCGCGCUGUUGAUUGACAUUCCAUUAACGGUGUGAAAAUCAAAUAAAACCGUCAUGGAUGGACUUCGAUGGUCCCAGGUGCUAGUGCAAUGGGUCACACAUUCAAAAUUAAUAGACUGUCAGUUCGAUAACAUUGAACAAUGCAGCGUCGAAGAUUUCUACCGGCAGUUUCGCUCUCGAAUGCUGCCAACCCUAUCGAUUCAAGAGGAUAACAUAAUCGAUUUUCUCAAAAAACAUUUCCCUCACUACGAGUUGUACCUGAACGAGUCUGGGCAAAUUGCUGCACCUGACCGUUUCUACAUAAUCUCGCUGCUGUUGUAUUUUUCUUGCGUCCUUCACCCGGACAGCUUUUUUCAGCAGAUUUGCAAUAAUUUCGACAAACUGCAACAGAUUGCCGUUGGAGCGUUCCUCAAGUCUAUGCUCGAUGGUAGUCAACAGCGAAAGGACAUCGAUCGGAUGAUGAUCCAGCGGGCAAUUCAAGAUGCCAUGCCGCACACAAUGCUACCACCAGUUUCCAUAAAAGUCGAACCACACCAGCAAGCCCCCUCGCAGUCACAAUCUUCACAAUCAUCUCAACUGAGUUUACCUUCUCGGAUUACCUCCGCAGACCUAUUGGAUAGUCCGCUACGAUUGAACAGUCGCGUUCCACGACUGUCACCGCCAACGCCGAAAACAGUUAUUCUCGAUGAGCGGACAAAGCAGUUGAAAGAGUUGAAGGCCCAACUAGAGGCGGAACGUUACGAGAAAGGAUACCUGGAGAUGCAGCUCAAACAGUUGCAGGACAAAAAUGAACGGUUCAUGGAGGAUAAACGCAAACACCUGAAGGAAAUUCGUGAGUUGAAAGCCGAACUUCAAUCGGGCGACCGAGAAAAUGAAUCGCCUAACAAGCAGCGCGCAGACGGUGACCAUAAGCUGGUCCGCAUCCAGCGGCUGUUGGCCGAGAAGGAAGAUACUGUCGAUCGGCUCAAAAUCGAACUGGAAACAAUCAGCGAAAACAACAAACACGCUACAGAGAUGAUUAACUAUCGGAACACGCAGAUCGCUAAGCUGAACAACAAGAUUCUUGAGUUGGAAGGGUCGAUCGUCACCCUCAGUGAGUGCAUUGAAGAGAAAGAAGAAGUGAUAAAAUGCUUACGGGAGAACAACGAGGAUCUGCAGAACUUCAUUAAAGAGAAUCGCUCGCAGCGGGAUGGUGGAGCGUUAGCAGAAAAUCUGAACACUUCUUUCGAGUGUCUGGAUCUGAGUGCGGUAGCAAGUAGUACUGGAACCAGCGGGGGUACUGGCCCAAGCCCGGAAAAUAUGGCUUGCGCCGUGGUAGAUGUCCAACUGAAAGAAAAAGAGGUGGAAAAUGGACUACUAAAGCGCUCUUUGGAAAUGUACGAGCAAGAGAAAGUACGCAUUUCCGGACUGGUUGGACAAUUCUUCCGAUUGUACGAUGACAUAGUGGGAAAGCUCCCUGGUGGAAAAACAGCUCUGGGAUCCCUUGGCGAAGUUGGUUUCGUAGAAAAAAUGAACCUUUUCAAGACGUGCUACGAAGCUCUUUUCGAGGAAUAUGCCAAAGCCUCACAGGCCAAAGAAAUGAUGGAAGAAAAGAACGAUACUCUGGAGGAGGAUGUAAGACAAUUGAAGGAAGAAGUGAUGGCUAAAGAGCAGGUUUUACGGGAUCUCGAAGUUCGAUCUGCUGAAAUUGAGCGUGAAUUAGAAGCGUUAAGAAAGAGCACUUAUGAGUACCAGCAUGAAAAUGCAGCACUGAACGAAUGUGUGGUAAAACAGAAACGAGAUUUUUUGAAGUUGAUCUCAGAAAAAGAUGCGCUCAGUAAACAAAACUUAAACUUGAAUGUAGAAUACAACAGUCUGAAGGAAGAAUAUGAAUCUAUUUUGCAAAAGGUUGACUAUCUGAUGGUUGCUUUAAAUGAGGAUUACGAGGACGGCGAUUACUCAUCGUGGUUUGAGAAAAUGGAAGAUUUGACUACUCGCUUGGGAACGUUGAAGGAAGAUAAGGAUCGCAUGGCAGCGCUGAAUAUGAAAAUAACAGUAGAGACGAUUGCUUUGCAAAAGGAGAUCUCUAACGGGGAAGAUCAGCGCAAGUGUCUACAGGAACAACACGCCCAAGCUGAAAGCAGAAUACGCUUGCUCCAGGAAGAAGUUGAACAAACCAAGAGUGAAUUGAACGAACAAAACCAAAAGGCCUGCCUCAUCGAAAAGGAAAAGAUUAAUUUGCAGGAAAUGAUGAACAUUUUGAGAGAAGAGCUUGAGCAAACCCAGUCCUCACUACAAAGUACUUUGAAAGAAUUGGAGGCAACCGAACAGUCUUUGGAAUCCAAUAGGCAGGAAGUACUCUCCAGUAAAAAUGAGCUUGCCGACGAGAAGAAACGUAACUCCGUUCUAACAUCCGACCUAGAAAAACAAACUGCGCUUAAACAAACAUUUGAAAAUCAACUCCAAACUGUAAUAGCUGAAAAAUGUCAACUUGAAAGCAAACUUGCUGAACUCGAGAGCGAGUUGCAAAUACAGAUAAACCUAUUGGAAGAAGCUCAACAAAAAAGCAAUGAAUGCGAUAAGCGUAAUGACCUCUUGAAGGAUAACAUUCGUAAUCUACAAGAAAAAAAUAAAACCUUGGAGGAGACUAUUGCUCAGCAGCGUGAUCUAUCGGAGUAUAAUCUGGAACAAAUCGAAAAACUAACAUUGAAUGUUCGCGAACUGGAAGACCUUCUGCAAGACGUGACUGAACAAGGCAAAUCAUUAGAGCGCAACUUGGACGAUAGACAUGAACAAGAUCAGCUCUCAUUGCGGGAUAGUGCAAAGGAGAAAGAAAUUCUUACCUCUGCCAACCGCUCUCUGUUGUCCGGGUUAACCCUCAUACAAAACGGUAUUGAGUCACUGGAAAGCCAGUACACGAUUAAAAUUUGUACUCUACAACAAAAACUUGCACAAUUUGCCACAUUACUAUCAAAGCUUUCUACCCAACAGUGUAGAAUGCGUCUAGAAAAGACUUCUAUGGAAGAAGUUUUAGUCCGAAUUACUGACGAACUUCAAGCUCUGCAGACGGAGAAUCAACGGCUGACGAAAGAGAAAGAGUCUGUUUGUGAGGAAGUAAUCAGAGUUCAAAAGGAGAAAACAGCCGUUGAGGAUCGCAAUUCGCAACUAGCAAGCGAUAUGAGUGAGUUAAACGUUACAUUGCAAUUGGAGCAGACAAAGGUGAAGGAAUUGAGCAGCCAGGUGCAGUCGCUAACCACCGAAAAAAAUAAACUCCUAGACCAAAGCUCGCUGACCGAAGCAGACCUCCAAAAGCAAUUGUGUGACGCGACUGCAGUUUCAAAGCAGCUGCAGACAGAAGUUCGGCGUGUAGAAUCGGCUAUGGCCGAGCUGGAAAAGCAGCUUAAAGAAAAAGCGGAACAGGCGGGUCUCCUCUCAAACGAACUUGACGAAAAAGAGGUACGAUGCACUCGACUGGAAGUGGAGUUGAAAGAAAUGCAUGUAAAUUUGAAAAAUCAAAAGCAAUUAACAGCCCAACAGUUGGAGCUGAAGAGUUCACUUGAAGACGAACUACGGAUUGCACGCGAGGAUCUGUCAGGUUUGGAGGCCAAAAACCGUCGUUUGGAUUUCGAACUUAGCGACAAGCUAGCGGAGAUCGAUCGACAAGCAGGCACUGUUUCGAGACUGCGUCACGACAAAGAGCUGCUCGAAGAAAAGGUCCAAGAACUGGCAACAGUUCUAGGUGCAGUUCGGCAGAGUAAAGCUGCAGUGAGCGAAGAGCUUGAGCAGGAACGCGAAAAAUCCGAUGAACUUGAGUCCCAGUUCGCAGCAAUCAGUGAAAAGCUAGCUGAAGUAGGCACAGAACUGGAUUUGUUGCAAAGCCAACUGGACACAGUACUUGCUGAAAGAGAUCAACUGGUAAUGGAAAAACAAGAACUUAAUCAGCAAGUGGAGGAGCUAAGGGAGUCAAAUUCGACUCUAGAGGAAGACCGUGAUACUCUACGCGAAGAAAAGUGUCGCUUGGCAGCCGAGGUUGAUAAGAUCGAUUCUGAUAAGGAAGCCAUUGGUGAACAGUGCACGAAAUUGCUGACAGAGUUAGCUAAGGUGAGAGAAACUUCGAAGGAUUCGAACAAUGAACAUGAAGCUAGAAUCAAUGAGUUAACAGAACAGUUAGCCCUUCUGAAAGAGAAACUGAAAGUGAGUUCAGAGGCAAACCGUGAAAAGGUUAAAGAACUCGAGCAGACAAAGCAGCUUCUUGAAAAUGCAUCAUGUGACAAAACCGAGCUAGAAACAAAACUUUCCGAAAUAUCUCGAGCUAUGGCUGCGCUGCAGCUGGAAAAGUCGCAACUAGAAAAUGAGCAGUUGAUAAUUAUAGCAAAACUUGAAGCGCAAAAGUUAUCUAUUGAACAGUUGAAUGAGGACAAACAAAGUUUAUCUGAAACCAAUGAAAACCUCGCGAUGCAGAUCACCUCCAAAGAAACGAUUAUCAAUGAAAUGGACAGAAAGAUUGAAAACUUGAUCAAGACAACUGAAUCUACUAGCAAACAAAUUGAAACGCUGGAAGAACAGAAAGCCGCCUUACUUGAAAAGAUGUCUGUUCAAAAAACAAAUUUAUCCGAGAAAAUGACUUUGAUUGCGAACCUCCAAGGUAGUUUGACUGACGUGAACGAAACGCUCAAGCAGAAGUGCUUAGAGCUGGAAGUACUUUCAAAGCAGCUGGAAGAGUCGGAAAUGCGUGCGCGACGUGUGAAGGAGGAAAACGAAAGCAUGAAUCUGCGAAAUUUGGCGUCAACUGAGAAGCUAACGAAUAACCACAAGGAAGUGUUGGACAAGCUGGAAAAUGCCCAGCAACGCAAUAAUACACAAGAGUGUAAGAUUCAAGAGCUAACUAAAGAGCUAGAAAUCUUCUUGAACGAAGUAGCGAGCAGCCAGCGACGAGUAGAAUCGAAGGACGAGGAAAAUCGCACUUUAAAAGAAGCUUUGGAUGUUUCUAAAACUGAAUGUGCUGAGCUUGCAUCAAAGAUAGAAGAACUAAACGAUGAAAAAACAUCGCUUGAAUCUGCCCUAAUAGAAAUUCGAAACGAACUUGAAGUAUGUGCAACGGCACUGGCCAACAAGCAAACUAAAAUCGAGGAGCUUACUAAUUGUCUAUCUGAUAGCACUGCAACCAACCAAUCGCUUCAGAAAAAAUCGGAAGAGUUGCAGGCUAUACGAAACUCGUUGGAAAUCCAACUUCAAACACUUACCGAGCAGGUUGAUAACUCUAAAUCCGAGAACGAGACCUUGAAGGCUACAAUCGCUAACAGAGAUAAUGAAAUCCAUCAGCUAACCGAGGGUCUAAGCCAGGUUAAAGAAUUCCAAUCAAAACUGGAGAACAAAGUGACCGAAUAUGAAACUACCAUCGCCGAGAAAGACAAACUGGAAGCUAAAUUAAAACAAUUGCAAGAUGAAGAAAAUAGUUUAAAGGAGGAAAAAACUGACAUAGAGCGUCGGCUGAUCCAGCAGCUUCAAGAAUACGAUACGUUGAAUGAAGUUUAUCUUAAAGAACGGGAUGCUAACAAAACAAUGAAACUACACCAAGAAGAACAGGAUCGUAAAAUACGCAUUUUGACGGAAGAGCACAGCCAUCUCAAGUUAACUCAUGAGGGUGUUAAAUCACAGUUGUCCCUAAAGGAGAAACAGCUUUCCGAUAAAGACAAACAGAUGGACCGACUGAAACAAGAAAUUGACGAACUCUUCGGUAAGAAUCGGCAAGUUGAUACGCUUUCUCAUGAGAUGAUGACGUUGAAGAUGCAGAAAUCAGAGCUUGAAGCGAAAAGGGAUGAACUACAGGAUACCAUCCAGCAUCACGAGGUACAGGAGCGAACCAUGCAAGAGAAUUUGCAACAGCUGCGGAACAGUUUGCGAACAAAACAGCAUGAGAUGGAUUCGCUACACUCUGAACUGACAUCCCUCAAAGAUGCCGCCCGUGUUCUGAAGAUCGAAAAUGGCAAACUAAAAUCGAACCAUGAUUUGCAAUCUACCAAACUGCUUAAUUUGGAGCUGAAGAACGAAGAGCAAAGUAAAAAAAUCGAACAGUUAGAGCAGUCGCUUAGCAAAACCGAAAUCAGUCACUUAGAGGACAACUCAAAGGUAAGCGUACUGUUGAAAAAGUUGGAAGCCUACAAGCAGUAUGAGGUGCAGCUCCGUAAGCUGGAAGAGUUGCAUCAGAAAGAACGCGAGAUUAACGAGAAAGGGCAACUGGACAUUGACAUUUUGAGGGCGAAGCUGAUUAAAAACCGCAAAAUAACCGAGGACAAGGAACAACAGUGGAACCACGAGCGAGAAGCUUUGAUGGCUAAGCUGGCGGACAACUCCAAAACGUCCGAUGAGAAAAUACACGAAAUCCGUACUGACUACGAGAGCAAGCUGGAAAAGCUGAAGGAAAAAAUGGCGGUGCUUUACAACGAAAACUUGCAGAAAGCAACUGCAAAGCACGAAACGGAUCUUAAGGAAUUGAAGGCUCAACUGUCGCAAGAAAUGAAAAAGUUCAAUCAGCUGGAAACUCACAAUGCCAAGGUUCAGGAACAGCUUGAGAAGUUGAACCAGCGCAACUUGGAUUUGAGGAGGGAACAUGAGUCCCUCAAGUCGAAGCAUCGGAUCCUGGAGGAUCUUUAUAAGGAACGACGAUCGAUGCUUCCACCUCCAAUGGCGUCCGGUCGCGGCUUUUCCAGUCUCAAAAUGGAGGACGAGCAAGGGGAAAUUUUUAAUAAUACCUAUCUGACCGAUUUAAAGCAGGGUCGAAUGUCACCCCCAUGCGGACGUGAGUCGGUUCCGAUGUCGGUAUUAAAUCAACGCAACUCUAUGGUUCCCCCGCAUCUGAAGUGUAGUUAUACCGUGCAGUAUAACGAUGGAGAUGCGACCGACGAAGAGAACAGGGACACCGCUUUCGGUGGAUUGGACGAUAGCAGUGCAAGCUUGAUAUCACGCAAAAAAACGGGCGGAACAACUACCUAUAGACGACCGGGUCCACCCACGCCCAGCAAAAAAGGCGGUCGUCUGUCAUUUGGAGGCACGGUACCAACCAACGAUUUUCAGUAUAAGGAAAUUUGCAAAGAAAACGCAAAUAGUGGUGGCAGUACCAUCGGGAGUCGAUUAAGCUUUGGCGGUCGCAAAAGCAACGUCGAUUCGGGAAUGGCGGAGCUGAACGCUAGGCACAAGACCCCUGGCAAAUUUUCGAAGAUGUUCAGCUCAUCUAACCUGCUCAAUCAGCUGUCUAAAGACGAGACCCCUAAGAGUCACGAACAAAUAUCCAGCAUAGUAAACCAAACCGGACGGCAAAUUCAACCUAGAGCGAAACGCAACUCCAUCGAUGCGGUCGGCAGGUUUGUGGUAAACCGAUCUCACAAAAUCGCGCAUCUGCGUAAACGAUCGACUCGUUUUGAUAAAAAUCGGCGCCUAAGCAGCGUCGAUAGUGACAGUCCGAGUAGCGCAAGAGAUAGUGGUGAUCCGUACAGUGGAUUUUCGUAUGAUGGAACUCCGGAUCGGAUACGUAAGAUCGAUAUCAACUCCAUGGAUGUCUUUGGAAAAGCUGAUCCACUUGUUGGGAAAGUUGUUGUGUUCAGCGGCGAACGGAAAGAUAGUAACAAUAACAACAUACCAAUUGUUUCGGAUUCUACACGGCUAGAGGUUGCCGAGAUUAUCAGCAACAACAGCGAUCACAUCGAAACAAGUGAUUUCGUGCAAAAACUAGGCAAUUGUCGCCGGGCGAAUUACCGCCGUAAGAGUCAUGACCAACGGCGCCAAAGCUUCAAUCGCCUAAGAAACAUUGAAGGGGACGCUAUUUUACACCGCCCAGCUUGUGGAAGCUCCUCUCCGGAAGACGACACCUACACGGUGGUCGUCGAUUCCUCGCAGUCAAAGUUCGAAUUGCUAGCCCAGCAAAAGGCAUUGGAACGUCCUAGUGAAAUAAUACCUUCACAGCGCGCAAAUCCUCAGAAAAAUAACCUGAAUCCAUUCGAUGACGUUGUUACCAGUUCGACCGGAAUGAACCCGCUGGCAAGCAUCCCCAUGUUGGCCCGGUUUUCGGAAAUCCUUCGUAUAGCAACACUACAAAAGGAAAUGUUCAAUCUCCAACAUAAGCAGUCUCCACAAAUCGAACAGAAGGAUGAACACUGCGCUAGUGCGACAAGCAAGGCACAAUUCAACGAUCAAAGCUAUAAGCUGCUUGUCGCUUUCGCUGGGUUAAGCUUUUCGGCGUUAGUUUUUAGCCUUUACAUGCACUUUGUUGAUUUUCAUGCGGUUCGGCAAUAGGCGGAGAUUCGUAGUGCGAACGUUUAGCUACAGUGUAGCAGUGGAAGUAAUAAUUUGUGUGUUUGUAUGUGCAACCGAUUCCACCCAUUAGGCCAUUUGUUUAAACGUAGUCUGAUUGUGUCUCUCUUCUGAAUGUUUUAAGAAGUUACAUUCCCAGUAUUAUUUAUUGAUUGUAGUUUGUGCUUGUAUUACCAAUAAAAAUAUUUUCAAUAUUCAGUUAUUUUAAUUAUAUUUUUAAUGUUCACAUGAUAAUGUAAAUGUUUAAUCAUUAAUUAAACAAUUUUUUAUGAUAACUAAAAACUUACUAUUGAAUAUUCAGACAAACAGAGAUUUCAUAAUCUCGAAUUUUUACAAUAUUUUCAACCCUCCGAAAAAUUGAUUAGCAGUUUGUUAUUAUUUUAACAAUUCCGAACAAGUCAACCCUGUUACCUGUUCACUAACAUAGUAUAUAACCUGCCGUCAGAAGUUUCUCAUUCGCGCGUUUCCUCAUUAAUUUAUAGAAACAAGUAUUGAUGUAAUUCUAAUUUGUAAUAUAAAUUACAAACAGACGAAAUGCAUCAUUCCAGAACGAAUGGGAAUGACAUUAUCAUUUUUUUUUGCUGAGCAAAUAAAAGUUGUAAAACUGGAUAAUGAAACAAAGGCAAUUUUAUAAUCAAGUGCACUCCAAUGUGCACUUCUAACUAAUAAUUGUUUUUGACAUUACGAAAAUGCUAAAUAUUUUGAAUAUGAACAUAAGUACAACAUGAAAACAAAAUUCUCUUUUUAACAGUGAAAGGGAAAAAAUAAAAUUAAUCUACAUCAUCUAUUCUGCAUUACUGUCGUUAUAGUGUAGACUUCCUAUUAUUUGGAUUGUAUGUGAUGCUAUAGAUUCUGCAUGUUGUUUGUACCAUUGUCAAUGCGAUAUGUGUAAUUAACCACUUUCUUU